AUGGCCAGAGCUUACGUCGCGAACUCCACAACGACUACCACAACCUGCCUUGUUAGCUCCAACCAGGACAUUACCGCCUUGUCGUCGCCUUCGCAUCCCCCGCCAACACCUUGCAACAUCUCGUCGCGUCCCGGAGCCGCCCCCUUCUCUCUCCUCGACGACUGCGGCGCAUUCACGCGAAACCGGGUGCCAAUGAAUCUCGAGCUCUCCACUUCAGACCGCGCCCACUGGCUGAGUCGACUGCGCUCAUGUCUGCGGCUGUUGAUCAUCGUGCUCAGCGGCGCCGUCGUCUGCAUGCUCAUGCACACGUUUGAAAUCUAUCGCGGGAACCGGUACAUUGAUCUGCGCAAAGGGGAACUUCCCAUGGUCUGGCCUGCACACACCAACCUCGCGCCUACCAUUAUCCUCUUCGCCAUUGCCGCCGGCAACUUCCUCGCCUCGGUCGCCAUCCUCAGCCUCUCGUUCAAGCGCUCGUUUCGCCGCCCGUUUCGCUCUCGCGACCUUUAUCGUAUUGUAGCCGGUAGCUUUGGCGUCAUCAUGUGGGUUACGGCGCUUGUCGUCUUCAACUUGCUUGACAAGGCUAGCAAGGCCAGCUUGGGCCGCUACUCGUGCACCAAUGCCAGUGUGCUGACAAACGGCCGCUACCAAUAUCGCGCCGUCUGCGAGGAGCAGGGAGUCGCUUUCUACACGGCUAUUGGUGCAGCCACAGCCGAACUCAUCACCCUCAUCACCCUCGCCGUCUCAGCCAUCCUCUCCGCAAAACACCAAGAGCCACCGCCAACAAUCCGUAUCCGUGAGAAGAACAACUCGAUAAGUUCAGGCUCGCAAUAUCAUAAACCGUUAAAACGGUGAAAAGACAUGCGAAUAGAAAAGCGCCCAUCCUUUUUUCGACCACUACCGACCUGUGGCUCGAAAUUUACGACACGCUUUUUUUUCCAUCUCUCUUUUGUUGUUUUCCAGUUUUGCUUUGUUACUACUUUUUUUUUGACUUGACGU